AUGCCAGACAAUCUGCCAGACAAGAUGCGCGCAGUCGCCAUCAAGAACUCCACCGGCCCCGCAGACGCCCUCCACAUAACCACGCUGCCUCUCCCCAAGCCCACCUCCUCCCAAGCCCUCGUCAAGAUCCACGCCUUCGGCCUCAACCGCAUGGACCUCCUGCAGCGCGAAGGCCGCUACCCCGUCCCACCCCAAGCGCCCUCAACCCUCGGCGUCGAGUUCUCCGGCACCAUCGUCUCCUUCCCUCCCGGCGCCGAAAACCCCGAGGACUUCGCCGAAGGCGACGAAGUCUUCGGCCUAGCCUACGGCGGCGCAUACGCCGAGUACAUCGCCGUGUCGACACACAUGCUUGUGCGGAAGCCGGCCGAGCUGAGCUGGGAGCAGUGCGCGGGCAUCCCCGAGACGUGGAUCACGGCGCUGCAGGCGCUGUAUCUGGUGGGCGGGUACGCGCCGGGCAAGAGCGUGCUGUGGCAUGCGGGGGCCAGCAGCGUGAGCAUUGCGGGGAUACAGUUGGCCAGGGCGGAUGGCGCGGCCAAGGUGUUUGCGACGGCGCGGCAGGAUGCGAAGUGCGAGUUUUGCGUCAAGGAGCUGGGGUGUGAUGGCGCGUUUAACAGCACGAGAGAGCAGCCGGGAUGGGCAGAGGAGGUGCUGAAGGCGACGGAGGGGAAGGGCGUGGAUAUUGUGGUUGAUUUCGUGGGCGCGGAUUACUUCCAGGGGAACCUGGAUGUGCUGGCUAAGGAUGGGCGGGCGGUGCACUUGGGAGCCAUGAGCGGGACGAAGUUGCCUGCGGGCGUGGAUAUCAGUGCUUUUAUCAGGAAGAGGAUUAGAUUUGAGGGAAGCAGUCUCAGGAGCAGAGACGAGGAGUAUCAAGGGAAGCUCAGAGACCAGCUGGUGGAGCACGCGUUGCCCAAGUUUAAGGAUGGGAGCUUCAAGGUCCUUAUAGAUAAGGUGUUCGAUUGGGAAGAUGUGGUAGAGGCGCACAAAUACAUGGAAAGCAACCAGAGCAAAGGUAAGAUCAUAUGUAAGAUAUCGUGA